AUGGCUAAUUCCGGUCUUUUUAGCAGCAUCCGCGCCAUCCAGGACUUCACAUCGAGCUGGGUUGUCCAAUGCCAUUCUAAUGACAUGAUCAGUCCACCGGAACCUGGCGACUCUAAUUCGCUGCACGAUAAGAUCGUUGUGACUACUUCUUCUACAGAGUUGACAUGGGCGACAGAUGAAACAUAUAGUUUAAAUUUAUCUGUGGCUGAAUCUGGUAGCCUUGUUGCUAAUAUAUUGGCGAAUACAAUAUAUGGAGCUCGCCAUGCAUGUGAAACUUUAUUACAGUUAAUUGUCGUAGUAGAUGAAUAUUCUAACUACACCAGCUCCUCACUGCAUGCGCUGUCCAGAGCAAAAAUCGUGGACCAACCUGCAUAUGCACAUCGAGGGCUAUUAAUUGAUACUGCACGAAAUUUCAUUCCUGUGAAAUUAUUAAAAAAGCAAUUAGAUGCAAUGGCGACGUCCAAAAUGAACGUGUUUCACUGGCACGUUACAGAUACACAAAGUUUUCCUCUUAUGAUUGAUCGUAUACCUGAAAUGGUUUCGUAUGGAGCGUACUCAUCUGAUGCUAUUUACACUCCAAAUGAGGUCAAAGAUGUCAUACAAUACGCAAAAUAUCGAGGAAUACGUGUGAUCCUUGAAUUUGAUGGCCCAGCACACGCAGGUAAUGGGUGGCAAUGGGGUCCAAGCAAAGGGCUUGGCAAUUUAGCAUUGUGCAUUAAUCAACAGCCAUGGCGCAAUUAUUGCAUCGAACCACCAUGUGGUCAGCUUAAUAUUAUCAAUCCUAAUUUGUAUACGGUACUACAAGACAUUUUUCAAUAUAUGGCCAAUGCAAAUUUGGGUGAACAAGUUUUUCAUAUGGGUGGAGAUGAAAUUUUCUUAGGAUGCUGGAAUUCAACUGAGGAAAUUGUAAGCUUUAUGCUAGAACGUGGAAUGGGUCGAAGUGAAAUGGACUUUCUUAUCAUAUGGAGUGAAUAUCAGAACAAAGCUCUUCAACUCUGGAAGAAUACCUUUUACUCUGCCAUGCAAAAUCAGUCUAAUGGAAACAAUCUCAUCGUACAAAACAGUCCUAGUGUUGUUUUGUGGUCGAGCCAUUUAACUGAUCCAUCGGUUAUUCGCAAUUUUUUAUCGAACGAACAAUAUGUCAUUCAAACGUGGUUACCAUCAUCGAGCUCUGUCCCAAAAGAGUUACUGGCAUUGGGCUAUAAGCUCAUCAUUUCUACAAAAAAUGCUUGGUAUCUUGAUCAUGGAUUUUGGGGGAAAACAACGUAUUACAAUUGGAAGACCGUUUACGACAAUCAAUUAGCUCUUGAGGAAAAUAUAUUAGGGGGCGAGGUAUGUGCAUGGACUGAAUUUAUUGAUAAACAUUCACUUGAAAGUCGAAUAUGGCCAAGAGCUGCAGCAGCCGCGGAGAGGCUUUGGUCGAAUCCAGAUACAAGGGCUGUGGAAGCAGAAUCACGUUUUUUCCGUCAUCGUAAUCGUUUAAUAACGCGUGGAAUACAACCCGAAGCAAUAGCACCAAAAUGGUGUGAACAAAAUGAAUCACAAUGUCAUUAA